AGAGAUUUUUUCUCUAGCACCAUCAGUUGUGAAUCAACCAAAGAAUUAAAUUCUUUUCAACUUUUUUCUCCUCUGUGAAGUGAAGUUUAGACGUAACAUAUCAAAAUGUUCAAGUUGUGCGCUAUUGGAUUCCUCCUCAUUGGACUUUACAUCACAGAAUCAUCCGGACAAGCUGCUGCUGCUGCUGCCGCUUCUGCUGCUUCUGCUGCCCCAGCUGCUCCUGCAGCCCCUGCUGUACCCGCUGCCCCAGCUGCUCCUGCAGUUCCGGCUGCUCCAGCUGUCGCUCAGCCAGGAAUUCUCGCCAUUAUCGUACCAAAUUCCGCUGAGAGCAACGAGACCACCCCUGCAAGUCCCGAAAGUGCUGAACAGCAACCAAUUAUUGUGUUCAAUACAGCCCCCCUCAAUGGCUAAGUCAUCCAUCCUCCUACUAUAACACGACCCAAAAGAAAAUCAUGAAAUGAAAAACAUUUUAGUCAAAAAUUAACAUAUAAAAAUUA